UUCUGCAGUGCCAUCGCCUACCGCCAAGGCUACAGUAACUGCUCCCUCCUCUGCUUCAAGCCGCCCAGCUCCUGUUGCCAGAGAGGCGUCAUGGGGUUCUGGAAGUUUCUGCCCUUCCUGGUCCUCGGCUUGCUGGUCAUGUAUCAGGCAGGCAUGCUCCAGGCAGCACCGUUCAGGUCAGCCUUGGAGAAUGACUUUGAUCCUGCUAUACUCACAGAGAAGGAAAUGUGCCUCCUAUUGGCUGCAAUGAUGAACGACUAUGUGCAGAUCAAGACCAGUGAACUGAAGCGGGAGACAGAGAACUUGCGCAUCACUGCCCAGAAAAGAUCCUGUAACAGGGCCACCUGUAUGACCCAUAAGAUGGCAGGCUCACUGAGCAGAUCUGGGACUGAGAUUAAGAGGAACUUCAUGUCCACCAACGUGGGCUCCAAAGCCUUUGGCCAGCGCUGCAGGGACCUUCAGGACUGAGCAGUGAAAUUACUCCAGGAAGAAAGGUCACCAAGAAGCUGAACUCCAUUUCCUUUCAUUUGCAUGAAAGCAACGUAUUGAAAAAAAAAAAUUGAAUGGAAGACACAUAUAUGCAUGCCUCUUGAUACUGAAAACACUUCUUUUUGCUUGAAAUAAAGGCAAAUGCAGAAUAAAAUCAUUGCAAUUACCCAA